GUUGUUUCGAAGUCUGGAGAAGUCCAGUGUGCUCUUGUUAUGGCAAAGGCAAGGGUUGCACCGACAAAGUUAACAACGAUCCCAAGACUGGAACUCUCAGCUGCAGUCGUGGCCACAAGGUCGAGUGACCUGCUAAGGAGAGAAAUGGAGAUGGAAAAUCUACAGGAAUACUUUUGGACCGAUUCCAAGGUCGUCCUUGGUUACAUUAACAAUAAUGAAAGGCGAUUUCAUGUAUUCGUAGCCAAUCGGAUCCAGCAGAUCAAAUCGAGCACAGAACCAAGUCAAUGGCGAUAUGUUUGCUCAGAAAAUAACCCGGCUGACCAUGCCUCUCGCGGACUCAUGGCAAAGGAGCUUGUAGAGUCUAACUGGUUUACGGGACCUCGUUUCUUGUGGCAAAAGGACCUCCCUAAGGAGGAAGAGUUUAAGGUGAGAGAACUCAAUGAGGAUGACCCAGAAAUCAAAAGAGCACAAGUUCACACAACUGAAGCAAAUGAGGAAAAGUCCCUAUUAGACCGACUUCAGAAGUUUUCGGACUGGAAAAGAGUCGUAAGAGCCAUAGCAAGACUUAAGCGUCUUGCAAAGGAGGUGAAAGGUCUAAAAACAAGAUCCAAUGAAGUUACGACACUUGAAGAAAGAAUGGAGGCUGAACAAUUCAUAAUCCAUGCAGUUCAAGAAGAAGCGUUCAGUGAUGAAAUCAAGGCUCUUAAACAAAAGAAAGAGGUACAAAGGAACAAGUCAACCAAACUGCACAAGUUGAACCCUUUCAAGGACAGUCAAGAUAUCCUGAGGGUGGGAGGUAGAUUGACACAAGCAACACUCCAUCCUCAUGUCAAACACCCAGCUAUCCUCCCCAAAGGACAUCAUGUGUCUCGAUUGUUGAUAAAGCACUAUCAUGAGAAGGUGAAGCAUCAGGGUCGUGGAAUGACCAUCAAUGAAUUACGCUCCGGUGGGAUUUGGAUCAUGGGGUGUAGUAGUGAAGUUUCAUCACUCAUUUUCAAGUGCAUCAAAUGCAGAAAAUACAGAAAAUGUAAUCAAGAACAAAAAAUGGCCGACCUUCCCCCAGAGAGAAUGGAAGCUACCCCUCCAUUUACCUAUAGUGGUAUGGACUGUUUCGGACCAUUUUAUUGUAAAGAUGGAAGGAAAGAACUAAAGAGGUAUGGGCUUCUAUUCACCUGCAUGUGUUCACGUGCCAUCCACAUUGAGGUAUUGGAUGACCUUUCCACUGAUGCUUUCCUAAACGCGUUGCGCUGUUUUAUUGCUAUAAGAGGCAAUGUAAGUCAACUACGAAGUGACCAAGGCACAAACUUUGUGGGGGCACGCAAUGAAUUCCAAGAAUUAAUGAAAGGAAUGGAUCAAGAACGUGUGAAAGAGUUGGGAUGCAACUUCUUCAUGAACACACCUGCUUCCAGUCACAUGGGUGGGGUCUGGGAGAGGCAGAUUCGGACUGUGAGAAAUGUUCUCACAGCCAUUCUAGACCAGUCUUCUGGAAGAUUAGACAGCUCUUCAUUAAGAACAUUCCUGUAUGAAGUGAUGGCUAUAGUGAACAGUCGACCAUUGACCACGGAACAUCUUAAUGAUCCUUUAGGUCCUGAACCCCUAACUCCAAACCAUAUAUUGACAAUGAAGUCGUCAAUAAUCGCACCACCACCUGGUGAGUUUGUAAGGGAAGAUCUCUAUCUUCAGAAAAGAUGGAAGAGAGUUCAGUUCUUGUCUAAUGAAUUUUGGACCAGAUGGAGAAAGGAGUAUUUGCUGAAUCUGCAGCAGAGGAGCAAAUGGAACAAGGACAGGAGAAAUGCUAAAGUGAAUGACAUUGUCCUGUUGCAAGAUGAUGACGCACCAAGAAAUAAGUGGAAGCUGGCGAAGGUAGUUGAAGUCUUCCAAGGAUCUGACGGAAGAGUCAGAAAACUCAAACUGUUACUUAGUGACACAGCACUAGACAUUAGAGGCGCACGCUCACAUAAGCCAGUUUAUUUAGAAAGGUCAAUACACAAAACAGUACUACUGCUUGAGGCCGAAUAAGUAGCCUAGUUCUUCAUUGUUUUGUUUAUAUUUGAAUGUAUAUGCGUUUAUUUACAUCAUUGUUUUAGAAUGUUCUGUUUAGAAAGUCUAUUUUUGUGAUGUGAAUCACACAUUGUGUGAUGGUGGGAGUGUAAAUGCAGCCGGUAUUUUGAAUAUAUUUGAAAUACUCAUGUACUUUUAUUUUGACAUUCCGAAAACCGGAAGUAAGCCCCGUAACCAAAGCGCAGGGACCAAGCGCACAUGUAGCGAUUCAUGCUAGUUUAAUUCUUUAUACUCCCUGUUUCAACUGCGUAUAAGUUUAAGUAUAUUUGACUUUGAAGAUUGCUUCUGGGAAAUGACUCUGCCGUUGGUUGAGAAGCAGGCUAAAGUGAGUUUUCCUGGGAAUCAAUCCUGAGCGAGGGUCAAAGGCCGAGAAGAAGGGGACCAAACACCAGCACAUUCCUCCAAGACUGCUGAAGUUCCUGGUUGAAAUAAACAACUUCGAAAAUCCAUGGAUGCGGUGCCAGGCUUAGCCUUUUUGCUCCUGAUGGAGGGAUCCUGACUGCUCAUGCCACUGACCACAGACAUGGUGUAAUCAUCUCCACCUGCCUGCAGAAAGUUCACGUAAGAGAUGAGCGGCAGCCAGCAGUCUUCCAUCUUGAUAGAUCGAAGGAUCUGAAUUUCUACUUUUUUUGUGUUUAUUUUUCCUAAAGAUUAUGAAAUUCUGUCUUGAGAGUAU